AAAUAAUUAACAAAUGCACACUAUGCAUAAUUCAUAUAAAAACGAAUACACGAACUAUAAAUUUCAAGCAUCUUAUAUAUUUUUUGGAGAAUAGUACUUCAGUUUAGAAUUUGACGAUUUACAUGAUAAUUAAAUUAUUACAUCAAUUUAUAUAGAGACAAAAUAUUCGAGCAAUGAAGAAACGGGGAUGGCUUAUCGAUGAUGUAUGAUAUCGCCACUUAUCAUCUCUACAAAGAUUAUUAAAAUGGCCCAAAGCGCCGCUCUGUUAACACGCAUAGUAGCAUCCUCUGUAUCGGCCACGAUACAAGCCGGGAAAAUAAUCCGUGAUGUUCUGAACAAAGGUGGAUUAAAUAUUGUGGAGAAGGGCAAGAAUGAUCUGCAGACCGAGGCGGAUCGUUGCGCCCAGCGAUGCAUCAUAACUUCGCUUAGUCGACAAUUUCCAAAUGUCACGAUCAUCGGCGAGGAGGAGCCGUCCAACUGCGAGGUGCCAUCGGAAUGGAUCAUCACGGAAGCUGAUCAAGAGGUGUUGCAGUUGAAAUUACCGGCCCACCUGGAGGACGUUAAUCCCAAGGAUGUGUGUAUCUGGGUGGACCCUCUUGAUGGUACGGCGGAAUAUACGCAAGGACUGGUGGAGCAUGUUACGGUAUUAGUCGGCGUGGCAAUCGGCAAAACGGCAAUCGGAGGCGUGAUACAUCAGCCGUACUACAAAAUCGACGAAAACGGCACGUACAUUGAGAACGGCCGUACGUUGUGGGGUAUCGACGGCGCGGGAUUCGGAGGAUUCACGCCGAAGUCGGCUCCAGAUGGAAGGAGAAUAAUCACGACCACUCGUUCGCAUUCCGACGGAAUUGUCCAGAGCGCCAUAAAAUCGUUGGAUCCUGACGAAGUAACACGCGUCGGCGGUGCUGGGCAUAAGGUCAUUCUUCUGCUGGAAGGAAAAGCUCACGCGUACGUGUUCGCCAGUCGCGGAUGCAAAAGGUGGGACACCUGCGCGCCCGAAGCCGUUCUUCAUGCAAUCGGUGGCGUUUUAACUGAUCUUCACGGCGAACGCUAUUCUUACGAUCAGGAAACGACGCGUGUAAAUGCGAGGGGCAUACUGGCCACUGCGCCCGGCCAGUCGCAUCAGUGGUACUUAAGUCGUAUACCUGAUGAAGUAAAGCAAAGUUUACAAUAGGCGAUCUGCAUGUUCGUUUUUAAACAGGCAUCGUCUAACGAAUAACUUGCUUGAAUAAAAAAAAGAAAAACGUUGGAUUUACAUUAUUCAAUCGUGAUAUAUCCAUGCAUCUCUUGAAAAUUUUAGUAAUUAUCUUUCGAGCGUGCAAUAUAAAUGCAUUCCGUACAAUUUUAUACUUUUCCAUAUUUUCUUUUAAUAUGAUUCCGAUUUAUUUAAGAAAAGCGCAAAGGCGGUUCAAUCUCGUAUGUAAAUAAUCGUGAAAUAAUAAAAUUACACAUAGAAAAAUUUCUAGGA